UGUUGAAGAGGAACAACUGCACAGCGCUGCGUUUCCAACCGGACGACUUUAGCAGGAGAACCAGGAUAAGUCAUGAAGGAGGUUUUUAGGAAGAUACACAGCACCUUUUUAAAGAUCGCCCUGUUUCCGAGCACAUUUGGCAGGACAGGCCCGCGGCCAGCUGCCUCAGAGGUGUUGACCUGCCACCUGCUGCAGCGCAAACUCCCGCCGUGGACUUCAUACUGUGUCCGCUACAGCUCCGUUCACAAUGACCAGUUCGGACUGUCCAACUUUAAUUGGAGAGUCCAGGGAUCCAACUACCAAAUACUGAGAACAGGCUGCUUCCCCUUUAUAAAAUACCACUGUACCAAAACGCCUCCACAAAACCUGGACUUUGAGGACACAUUUUUCACCAUGUUGAAAGUUCUUAAUCUGGGGAUCCCUUGUUUGGCCUAUGGCAUUGGUUGCUGGAUGGUGGUAGGAGCUGCAGAAACAGUGCAGACAAGUGUUGGACCUGUCACAGUCUAUUUCGCUUACAAAGAAGAAGAAGGCGCACAGUAUUAAACCUUGAACAAAACACUAUUUUGAGUGUGUUUGCAAGAGGCUCUUGUCUGCCAACUGCUGUAGCCUAUUUAUUACAGUUCCCCAGGUGAUGUUGUAGUGGACCUAUUGACAAAAGUGCAAAAUUGUGUCACUCCUGCUCCUAUUGUCUGACUGCACAGGUUAAUUUGUGUUUAAUUAUUUAAGAUUUAAAAGUUGCAGUGAAGGAGUCAGUUAUGCAUGUUAUUACACUGACACACAAUACGGACAGUGUUUGUUCAGAAAGCUAACUUUCCAUUAAAGUAUAAUGAAAAGUUUAGGAUUUCUCGGAGAAUAGACUGUUUGACCCUACACCUUUUCCUGGAUGUUUUCACAGCAAUGUUUGUGAAUGUUUUGGGCCUACCAGCCUCCAGUGCAUGUCUUCAGAGUCAAUACAUUGUAAAAGUAUAUUAUUGCAACAAAUA